AUGAAGCACGUCCUCACCAAGGAUAUGAUGCGUGCGUUCUUGGAGAUCAUUUAUGUUCUUGACACCAGAUCGACAAAGCCAGUCCCCUGGAAGAGCCUCACCCCAGUCAUCCAGUCCGAUGGUAUACUUGCACCACUGCCUUACCACCUGCAUCGGCCACUGCUGGAUGGAUUGAUUCUUUGCAAUCUGAGCAAGAUGAAUGUCUCCGACAUUCGGACCAUCUUUGGCGAAUGGCUGAAGCACCAGGGUGAUGAGGAGGAUCCAGUUCACUUCACCUGUCCUCUUUCUUCAGGAUCAACCCCCACCCCCACUACAUCAUCUGCUCCGGCUCAGGUUGCCCUUUCUUCUCACUCUACCACCACACCUGUUAACUCCACUGCGGCGGUGACUCAGGAUGCACCAUCUGGAAGUCGCAGCUCCGACACUAGCCCCUCUUCUGAGGAUUCUCCCUCUGCUGAGACUGCCCAGUCCGCUGCUGAGACAACAUUACCCGUUGCCGAGCCAGUUGGUGCACCAUCGGCCACUAGCCCGUUGUUAGACACCCAGGCAGAAUCUGCCUCAGGACGACUGUGGCCAUCCAACCCAAGCCAGCUGACUAGCCAGCCAGAGGUGUCGGAUGCCAACAAGGAGAACUGUCACGGAGAGGGGUCGGAUAGAAGCAAAGAGAAUCCUGCGGUUGAGGCUCCAGGUGUUCAAACACGGAAGAGACGGCAUGACGUAGUGACGGAACCCAGGAAGACUUGCAAGAUUGGCGGACACGACAACUCGCCUAGAGCUAGGCGCCGAAUUAAGGGGCUUCAACCAGGGGGUGCCAAGCGAGACGGCCUUAGAAAGAACGUCGGAAGGCCGGAUCGUCGUCGUAACUGA